AUGCUAGCACUGGCUGGGGGACAACUGGACUUUGAGCCAUUGACCACGCCGAACCGGGAACCAGUAUCCCGUAAUAUCUCCGACGAUACCUUAACCGCUAUCACGAAACGCAUGAAUGUCCGAUACAACAUCCCCGACGAAGCGAAGUCCGUCACAGCCACCAUCAAACCAACGAUACCGUCUGGUGGAAAGGAAAAGGCAAUCGAAAAUCUGUGUUCGGUGAUCCAGCAAGCGGUGCACCAAAGCUUCAAUGGGAGUUCUGCGUCGGCGAUAUCUUUGGGUGCACUUCUGGGAGAGAGAAACGUCGCCUGGAAUUGCUUACGGCCACGCACCGUGAUCGCAUUCCCCUUCGAAAAGAUACGAGCGAUACCACUUGAUGCUGUUCUCAAGACGGGUGGACUGCACCCGGUCGAGGCGCUAAAAUUGGGUGUCCAGAUUGCGCUCGCUCUCAUGCAACUUCAUACUACACAGUGGUUAGGCAACACUUGGGGCAAAAAGGACAUUUUCAUUCUUCACCGAGAGGUCGAGCGCGAGUAG